UGAUUAGAGGGAGACGGCACGAGUCCUGCUGUUGCACAAAAUUCGACUCUUAUUUAUAUAUUUUUAUUUUCGCAAUAAAAGGCGCAGCGAAGGCGGCCGCGGUGGGCGGGGCAAGUAAGCGCAGGCGAAAAACUCGACAAAGGAAAAUUCAGCCCACAGUGCGCCAGAGCCAAGUGAGCAACGGUGAACAGCAAGCGAGAUGACGAGUCGCCAGCGAACUGUGAUCAUAUUCAAAUCGGAGUCGGAAAGCAGCGAUGUGUACGCGGAAACGCUGGAGAAGCACGAUUUCAACCCUGUGUUCGUGCCCACACUGAGCUUUGGCUUCAAGAAUCUGGAGGAGCUGCGCGCCAAGCUCCAGAAUCCGGACAAAUAUGCCGGCAUCAUAUUCACAUCGCCGCGCUGCGUGGAGGCGGUGGCUGCGUCCCUGAAUCUCGGCGAGCUGCCCGGCGGUUGGAAGAUGUUGCAUAACUAUGCCGUCGGCGAGGUGACCCACAAUCUGGCGCUGAGCACCUUGGACCAGCUAUUCACCCACGGCAAACAGACGGGCAAUGCCCGGGCACUGGGCGACUACAUAGUGGAUACGUUCGAUGGAUCGCGGGCCCUGCCGCUGCUGCUGCCGUGCGGCAAUCUGGCCACCGAUACGCUGCUCUCCAAGCUGGCCGAGAAUGGCUUCUCCGUGGACGCGUGCGAGGUGUACGAGACGCGCUGCCACCCCGAACUGGGCGCCAAUGUGGAGCGGGCACUGGAGAUCUACGGCGAGUCGAUCGAAUUCCUUGCCUUCUUCUCGCCAUCGGGCUUUAAUUGUGCGCUGCAGUACUUCACCAGCCGCCAGCUGUCGAUGGACAAGUGGAAGCUGGUGGCCAUCGGGCCGAGCACCCGGCGUGCCCUCGAAUCGCUGGGCCAGAAGGUCUACUGCACCGCCGAGCGGCCGACGGUGGAGCAUCUGGUCAAGGUGCUGCUCAAUCCGCAGGACAGCCGGGAGCGGCUGCUCAAGGAGCGCGAGCGGAUGGCCGCCCUCGAGAAUAACAAUUAAGAUAAGAUUCCUCAAGCUUUCGCAGCUCCAUCAGCUAAUGAAACCAGGCGGUAAUCAUCCAGCAUCCAAGUGGAGAUCUUAUGACCUGAAUCUUGUAGUAACUAUGAUCCCACACAAUCUGUAAUUUUCUUUUAUAACCACUAUUAAGUAUAAGAUUUUCUAUCCCAUUUCGAUUUUUAACAAGUUAUGUAGAAAAUUCAGAGCUUUGGUUGUGCAAAUUGAAAGGGUUAUCUUUAUAAUUUAUACAUCGAUUUGAAAUCCAAGGAUGGGUAAUUAGUUUCCUGAUCGAAACGUAAAAAAAGACUCAUGGUUUGUUUGUUUCUUUUUUUUCGAUUGACCUCCGAGCGAGUACAAAAUUAGCCGCAUGAAAUGCCGACGUCUUUAUUUUCUGUUUACUAUUGGAUUAAGCUGAAUAAAUUGUUUCUUUUCUAAAUUUA